AAUCUGUUGAUUGAGAGUGUUUAAGCAAGGAUCCAAGCUAAUUAAAAAACUACAGCAAUGGCAGAUGGUGAGGUGACGAGUGUUAUUUCUGAUGCCAAUGGCACAUCUCCGAAAGAAGAAAAGAAAGAGAAGCGAGUUGCCUCACGAGGAGGAAGAGGUGGAGGUAGAGGAAGAGGAGCAUUCAAAGGAAGAGGAGACGCUGAUGAUAUGAGAGAAAAGGAUCCGUGUGGUGUGUUCCUGUUCUUCCCCAGUGUGAUCACGGCUGACAUAGCAUCAGAGCUGCUGAGGGUGGGCAAAAUUGCUACGGAGAUAAGAUUAGGAAAGAUGUGUUAUAUGAAUUUUGCAACUGAAGAUGAAGCUACUAAGAAAAAGAAGGAACUAUCAGACAUGGAUUUCGAUGGUGUCAAGCCACACGUUGAUUCAGCCUUCAAACAGCGGGAUUCUAAUAAGCAGAAUGCCAGUGAAGAGACAGAGGCAGCACCUUCAAAGAAUAAGGAAAGAGAGAAAGAUCCAUGUGGUAUAUUCAUCUUCUUCAAAAAUAUCAUCACCACGAGCCCUGCUGCAAAGUUGUUGGUUGUUGGUAAAAGUGCUACGCAAAUUAGAUUUGGCAGGAUGUGUCAUAUGAAUUUUGCAACAGAAGAUGAAGCUGAAGAAAUAAAAAAACAAUUGAUGGAAAUGGAGUUUGAUGGACUAAAGCCACAUGUUGACUCUGCCUAUAAGCAUCGAAGCAGGGAUAACAACAAACAGGAGAAACGUGUUGUGGAUGAGGAGACGGAUGGAACUCAUGGCGUUAAACGUACCGUGGAUGAGGAAACUGAUGAACCUUCCACAGUGAAAAAGACAAAGGCAGAUGAAAGGAGUGAUAAUGAAGAUGUAAAGGAAGACAUAGAAGACAAUGAAGAAACUAACAAUGUUGCUGUUAGUGAAUAAGAGACUAUUAUAUAGUAAGGAACGAGCUGGAAGGGAGAGGAGUAGGAGUGGCCCUGCUAAGGAAGGACUGGAGUUUUGAAGAGAUGGAUACGCCAGGAUGGGAAAGAUUCAGAGACUACAUAACAGGAACUAUGACAAAGGGAGGACCUAAGAUGAUAGCAGUAAUUUAUAGCCCUCCAUUAGGUGGUAGAAGACCCAGAAAGGAGUUUGAUAGAAACAUGGCAACCAUUAAUAUAAUAGAGAGCAGCUUCAAUUGCCUGCAUGAAAAAAAUCCAGACUUUUAAUCACAGGCGACUUCAACCAUGGGAAGGCAGACUGGGAGAAUGGAGAACCACAUAGAGAUUCAGAUACGUACAUGGAGAGCUAAACUAGUGGAUGUGGCAACAAGAUACUUUAUAAGACAACAUGUCAAGGGACCCACAAGAAUCAACGAUGAACCAACUAGACUAGACCUGAUAUUCACCCUGAAUGAGUCAGAUGGUGGAAAUGAAAUUAGAAGCCACAUGGGAAUAAGUGACCACAGCAUACUAUCUGGUGGGAGUAGGGAUAGCUGAUCUAAGGAAAUGAUUAGAAAAGAAAAGGCUGGCUUACCAAAGAGAAAACUAUGAGGAGGAAAUUCUUAAUGGAAAUACAGUACCAUGGGAAACAGAAUUCAGAGAAAAGACUACAAGAUGUGAUGGAUUACAUUACCCAGAAAUGCCAGGAAGCUGCAGACAAAUUUAUCUCAGACCUAAAGGAGAAUUGAUUGAUUGAUUGCAUCCAUGGCUCAAUCAGGAAUGUAAGGAAGCAAAGUGAUUAAGUACUAGAACAUGGAGAAACUAUAGAAAACAACACCAUAGAGCAGAGGGAGAUACUAGAAGGCCAGGAAUGAGUACCUCAGUAUGAGGAGAAAAGCAGACAGUAUGAAAAUGACAUUGUAAAAUAUAGCAAAGACAUGACUAAAACUGCUCCACGGCCACAGCCAGCCACACAAAACAGCGAAGGAACAAAUAAUGAAACUGAGAAAGGGGGAGAAAACAUAUAUAGAGAAUGACAUGGUAUGUGAAGCACUUGACAUGGAGGUGACUCGACCACUUGACACUUCCAGGAGGUGACUCGACCACUUGACACUUCCAGGAGGUGACUCGACCUCAAAACUGUGAGCGAGGUUCGAAGCAACCUGUAAGUCUUGUUCAGGCCCUCGUUUAAUUAUAUACAGAUCUAAGCUGUUUGCCAUGGCUUAAUUGUGCUUAGAACAUUCAUAUCAAAUAUUUCUUUUAUAAAGAUUAAAUAAUACUUUUAAUGCACAGUGGAGAUAUUUAAUGUCAUGGUAACAUUAAACCCAAGCAGAAAAAUUGACGUUGAUGUGUAAUCUGCAUCAUGAUGCAGUCUUGUGAUGCCUGCAUUGUGAUACAGGCAUAAGGCUUCUGCAUCAUAAUGUUUUUGCAUCAUCAGCUUAUGACAUCACUAAUCAUGCAAACAUAAGCAUUGCAAAUAAUAUGAACAAUUUUCAGAAUAUAAAAUUAUAAAUAAAAAAUUUUGCUUUUCCGGUAAUGUAAUAUGUAACCUUAUUUCAUUGGAAAUACAGUACCUGUAACUUAUUUCUAGAUUUGAGUUUUCAGGUAUGUUAUAUGUAGUAUGUUAAACAAUGACUACACAUGAGUUCAAAAUAUAAUUUAAGUACAAAUGAAUCCAUUUUCAUAGGCUACUUUAUGACUGCUGAAUGUAAGUCACAGUAAUAUGAAUAAAAAUUGAACACCAAACCCUCACAUUAAAAGAAAAAAUCUAGAAUAAACUGAAACAUUGCCAGUCCUUGUUUUUCAUGUGUGUAUUGGGUGUCUAAUACUUGUUUAUUUUAUUAUUAUAUCUACAAAAUAUAUCUUCACUUACCAUUCUAAUGCAUAUAAAUUUCUAAUGCAAUGCUACAUUUGCACUAAUUAUCAAAAGAAGGCACCAAGCUGGGAAGACUAUUUACACAUAUCCACUAAAUUACCUCUUAAUACAUGUAAGCUUACACUGGAAGCAUGUAGUUGCUUCAAUGAGGGUAGUCUACCAAAUUCUUAGCACAAAAUAUAAAAUGCAUUAAUGAUAACUUGUAGAUAAAUAAUUUGUGUUGAUGAUAGGAAGUCUGUUGGCUUGAUAAGUCUCAACUUAGGCUUAUCAAGGUCUCCUUAUGCCAACCAUAUUUUUGGAACUUAAUCAUUCAAGGUAUGAAAAGAAAGUUCUGGCUCUGGGGAGAUGUGUUGUACACAACUUGCAGGUGAUGAAGAAAUGACAACAAUUUGAUCCACACAGAAAUCACAACAUGAUAAAUAUCAAUCACGAAAUAACGUGAUAGUGGAUUUUCUCAUUGAUAUCCAAGACUAUAGGAGGACAUGAACCUACGACCCUGGCAUUGUCAAGGGUCAUAGGAUUUUUUCAUUGAUGUAUAUCACAUUAAUGUGAUUUUUUCAUUUUGAUCUGUCCUGGACCACAAUCAAGUUGUAAAUGACUUGUACACAACUUUCUAAGAUUGCUAAAAAGCUUUUAAUGUGUAAGAUUGAGAAAACAGGAUAGACACUACUAGGUGAGGGAGUACCUGAAAGAUAGGAAAAACAGGGUCAUAGAGAGGAUGUCAGGCUGGAAAGUGCAGUAUGUCAAAUCUCUGUCAUAGGACUUGAUUUCCAAUUUAUGUUAACGACAUACUGGGAGGAGUGAGCUCGUAUAUGUCAGUGUUUGCAGAUGAUGCAAAGUUAGCGAGACUAAGACCUGAGAAGGACUGCAGAAUGCUGUAGGAAGACUUCAACAAACUUCAGGAAUGGGAAGAUAAAUAGCUGCUGAAAUUCAACCCAAACAAGUACUGUAUGAGGUAACAAAGAUUGAAAGGGUGGUAGCAAAGCACACCAUAUAGGAAAUGCAACUAUACGAAGCAAUAAGACAGAAGACCUAAGAGUGGAUAUAAUUCUCAGCACUAACACCAGAAACUCGUCUGAAGAAGAUAGCGUCAGCAGCACUUGGGAAGUUGGCAAACACAAGAACAGCAUUUUAAUAUAUAAAUAUAGAAGCAUUCAAGUCCAUAUGUACUGCCUAUGGGAGAUCAUUAGUUAAAAUAUGCAGCAUUGGGAUGUGAAGUACAAAAAGCAACUUAAGAAGGUUCAGGUUUGCUACUAGACUGGUACUUGAAAUGAGAAAGGUCAGCUAUGAGGGCAGGAUAAUGGAACUCAAAUUCACAACCUUAGAGAAAAUAAGGUAACUGUACACAAGAUAGUUAGGAAAAACAAAGUGGACAAGGACUGCCCAAGUUGACAAAAGGUAGGGGGUGAGGACUUCGGUCAAACUUGAACACAAUAUUGACUGUAAUAGAUGCAAUGAUAAUUUGUAAACUGUAUGAGUGAUGAGCAAGUGGAAUACAUUGAAGAACUUGUAGAAGUCACUUCCAUCCACAACUUCAAAAACAACAUGACGCUUUGAAUGUCAAGAGGUACUAGUUGUGCCAGGAGGCAGAGCAUACACAGCUAGAUCUCACUUCCACAUAAUCACCAAUACAUAAAGCACUUAAUAAAGUCUGUGCAUACAUGUAAAUACCAUACAGUAGUCUUUAUAUUUAAUUGAAGUUUGUGAUAACUACCGGUAAAACUGCUUAGUAGAGUACAUAUUUUCAUAUAUUUUUAAGAGUUCAUAUUGAGUUUAUAUAGUUAUAGCAUUACUUUCCACACUACUUAAAUUUGGUUUACCUUAUGGCUUCCUGUCCCCGUAGUUGGGGGACAGGAAGUCACUGAGCUUGUCGAGCCCACCUUAUAGGCCAACUACUGGGUAUCUAUUUACUGCUAGACAAACAGUCAGGUCAAAAGAAACAUGCCCACUUACAACUUGAGCCCAUUGUUGGGCUUACAACCAACAAUGAUUUGUUGGCUGUAAGCCCAGGAUGUAGACUACUGUGCUACAGGCACCUGUGUAUAAAAUUUGUUACAACACUGAUAAAGUCCAUUCACAACCAUUUUCCUUGUCUUUGUCCACCUGUAUACUUUGUGACCUGUUGUGUACCUUUCAUGACUGUUUACAGCAGUGUAUGUUUCCUUUUAGUCUAUCCUCAUUGUUUAUAUUCGUUGUAUCAUGUAUGUGUGUUCGUGUAAAAAUAAUUUAAAGAAC